ACCCUACUYCACAAUACGAAAGAAAUCACAUUUUUUCUCGAUGGAAUUUGUUUUGUAUCUCCAAGUUAGCAUCACAUUCAAGCAGUUUUAAGAAGAGUACAUAAGUAGUCUGUAUUUAGUUUUGAAAUCUUAUUCUAAAGAACAAAAUCUAUGUCAAGAAYCAAAAUUAGCAGCUUCAUAUCACGUACACCUAAUUAAAAAAACUUAGGCCUUAGGCGAUAGGUUAUUCCGACAUGUAAAUGCGGUUUCGUUGAAUACAAAGAACAUCAAAAUCAGUCUCAGCACUAAGGUCCAUACUCGUGCCGAGAAGAAGAAGAAGAAACACAAGUCAUUCCAGCUAUUCUUGGAUCUUGGAAUGACAUAUAUCCUAUAGCUUUUCACCUAUUGCCAAUCGCCUUUGGCGAUGACGUUUUUUUGAAUUAGGUUAAUACUUAAAUGGAUUUUGGCUCGUUGCAAAUGGUCAACAAAAAGUUGGUAUCGUUCAUUGAAUUUUCACGUAGAAACGUUUAAGUUCAGUCAACUAUUUGACGCAUAUGGUUCUUAAAAACUAAAUUAAAAAACUGCAAUAAUYAUUACGUUCAUUUAUAAUUCCAUGUCCCACCAAAACCGAUCGAUUAAAAUUAAAAAGUGAACUAACUUUGUUCUUAGAGGAUAACAUUUGACGGUUAACGUGGGUCCUCUUUUAACGCUAGUUGAUAAGGGACGUGACCGGUGUGCCAUGAGCUUAAUCAUCCGAACAACGUGAAGAUGUUACUAACUGAACUAACCGUGCGACGCUCGUAAUAUUAUAGAGAGCUCAUUUUCGCCAUGAAACCAAGUCAAGGAAAUUUAACAAAUAGUCAUGAGAGGACGCACUGGGGUCCGUACUGUAAAUAUUCCACAUACAUUUACAGUAAAAUUUUACCCGCAUUCCUUGAAUACCAAAAUGGGGAUUAAGAUUAACUCCAGCAGUGUUCUAUGAUGAAGGUGUUUUUUAUAAUCCCUCUCUUCCAUUGUUUAAGUCUGUGCCUGACAUUUGAGAUCAAACAACGCUAGUGCUGGUGUGGCGGGAAUUCGGCGGGUAAAGUGGCUACAAUGCAAUCAUUUUACCCUUGUAUUACAAAGAAAAGUUGCUUGAUGUCGAUCAAAAUUAUACAUUCCUCCUCUAAAUACCAACCAGGAAUUACUUGGGUCUCAAGUAAUUAUUUGGCCGAAGCCAUUUUACCAAUUUUAUGCCGGACUUCGCAUAGACCACAACCAAGUUGCAGAUGACAGAGAUACAAUAAUUUAUUCAAAGGCACCAGCUAGCGAAUGAAGUGAUCGUUUCUUCUUCUGAUCAUAUACUUUUAGAUAAACACAGCCCACCAGCCUCUCAACAAUUACCAAUACGUAACAGCAUGCUUUUGAAGACUGGGGUACUAGUUGUUUGUCUUCUUCUCAUUCCCAUUGUCAUGUCAUGGGCGGAUGGCCAGGAAAUGAUACCAGAGCAAGAAGAAGAAACACGCCAUUAUGGUCAUGUACCACCACCACCACCAGAAAAACCAUGCAGCACGAUUUGCAAGGGAACGACAUCUAAUAGGACUAUAAAUACCCGACAUGGAAAGGUAUUUUGUCUCGUACCAACUAUAGACGAAAUGAUUGAACACCUCAAUAAAAUUGGAGGUUACAAUCGUCAUUAUGUUGCGAUUACGCUGGAAGAAGCAGAGGCCAAUUUUGUGAACCUACUUCCAAAAGAGAAAAAACCAACAUCGACGUUACCGAAAUACAGAAUCUCCUACAAACACUCACACAAGUGGCGUGGGCGUGGGCGUGGGUUUUGGCGUGGGCGUGGGCGCGGUCAUGGUCAUGGACUAAAGUUGAAUAACAUCAAAAACCCAAGAAGCAGCAGCGACGUCAGUGCUAACGAUAUUGGUUUAAAUGAAAUGAAGAAAAGACAAGCCGAUUCAAGCGUCAGCUGCCUAACACCAACAUGCCUAAGCGCAGGUUCCUCGACCGUGGAUGGUUAUCUAACCUGUCCUGCAUGCCAACGUUGUAGGAAGCUUGAAAAUUUUCUCUUCCCAGAAUACGUAAACGAAGUUACGUGUGACGACUCGCCUUCGGGAUAUUCCAKUACCAUUAACUGCACUCCAAAGGUUGGUGAAUGUAAGCAAAACGUGAUGACCAUCGAUGUGCUCUCAAGGGAAAAAGAUAAAUACCAACUGAUCAAGCAGAAAGGUUCGAAUUUUCACUUUAUGCAAGUUUGGGAGAAAAAGACCAUACGAAUUAAAUCAUGUUGUGAAUGUUUUGCAAGCCGUAUAUAUAAAAAAUAACAAAAGGUUUUUCUCUAAUCCAUGCUUCCAAGUUAAGUGCAAUAGGUAGUUUGCUCUCUCGAAAUGAGAACUAGAUAUGAUUUAUCUUUAUUUGCACUGUUAUAAAAAGGUUAAUCGCAACGGAAACUGAAUUUCAAAUAAACAAGUCGUAAAAUUA